AUGGCCUCAUCUCAGAAUCAUUCAUCACAAACCGUUGUCUCUGCACACGAAGGAGGCUCCACCACCCAAACUGGGUCAUCCAUGCAUGAUGAUGGACAGCAGUCCACAAAUACUGAGCUUUCACCAGAGUUGGCCUGGAGCCAACAAAAUCUGCUUAGUCUCGAUGGAGGUGGUAUUCGCGGCUACUGGACUCUUCUCGUCCUUCAGCGACUAAUGAACGAAAUCGCCAAGGAAGAAAAGAGGUUAAGGAAUGGUGGAGAAGAGGAUCAUAGCUUUUCUCCGUUGGAAUUUCCGGAGCAUGUCACCCAAGGUCCACCCGAUGAUGAAGAGAAAAGGCGUAAACGCGCCAUAUCAGGCACUCGCGCAUCGACGUGGAAGUAUGUCCAUGAUUCCCGAAAGUUCUUACCAUGUCAUUACUUUGACUACAUAUGUGGCUCUAGCACCGGUGCCCUCAUCGCCAUCAUGCUCGGGCGAUUUCAAAGAGCCUUCAAGGAGGUCACUGCAAGGAGGUGCGAGGAGACCUCGCAGAACAAUGUCACAUUUUCGGCCCCAUCCGAUAUCUGCAAGACAUUUGUCACUGCUUUUGCGUAUGAACGUAAGAAAGGUGCGCCUGUAAAGGAACAGCGGUUGUAUCUUCUCCGAACAUACAAACAUGAGAAGAGACAAGGUAUCAACAUGAGAGACAUGCGACGCAACUAUACUGGCAUGUUGAACGGCGACAAGAGGAACUACGGAUCGGCCGACGACUGGCCUAUCUGGCGGAUAGCCCGUGCUGCAACGGCAGCACCAAUGUACUUCAAAGAGCUACCUGAGAAACGGCACAUGCGCGAUGGCGAGACGACGAUUUACUUCUCUGACGGCGGUUUCGGCGAAACGAACAACCCUACUUUUGAAGGCAUCACUGAGAUUAAGUCACUCCAUGGUGGCAAGGAGAAUAUAGGUGUCGUCGUCAAUGUAGGAACAUCUCGAGGGACAAUCGAAGCCGGUGGGAGAAGCAUCUUCAAAAGGGUACAUGGGGCAUUCGAUCGAGCCACAGAUCCAACCAUCGUCGCUGGUAAGGUUGAAGGAGAGGAUUUACCCCACUACUGGCGUUUCGACGAUGAAGCUGGCAUUGGUGUCGAUCUCGAUGAAUGGAAACCAAAUGGCUAUUUCACGAAAUAUCCUGGGGUCAAAACACUCGCAGAUAUUAGGGCGAAGUUCAACGAAUGGGUUGUAGAACGAGAGAAUGGCCUCCAGAAAUGCGCUAAGGAACUAGUAGCAAGACGACGAGCAAGAAUCUUGAACCUCGGACGAUGGGAAGCAUAUGCUACGAACGCAUCCUUUGCUUGCAACCAUGGUCGUUGCAGUAGCAAGGCUUUCGACGACCGUGUCCAACUCCAGAACCACCUUAGGAGAGAACAUUCUGUUUCCGAUAUGGAUAUUGCGAGCAUGGUAAAUGAUGGGACGAAGAUGUGGCAGUAUCAGGAUCAGUAG